AUGUUGAACAAACAAGCGCUCCAAGCAGUCACGCAAGGCCAACACAAAAGCGCAAAAGAAAAGUACCGCGGGCUAAAGACCAACCUUGUCAUCUCCUGCACUGGUACCUCGAGCGGCAGUCACGAGGUGAACGGCAGGAGCGUAGUACUCCUCAACAACAAGCUAUACAUCAACACACCAUCUCUCCCCCCAGGCGCCCAUCCCUUCGCGGGCUAUUUCCUCCCUCAUCCUUCCCAUACUUGGGGCCGCCUGGGUGAAGGUCUUGUUUCUACCAUCUCCGACGACCCGCCUCAGCUGAAUUGGAUCUACCUUGAUGUCAAUACGCAUGAGCUAAAGUACGGGCUGCGUGCAGACUGCGAGGAACACCUUUGGGAAGGGUUCAUGGCGGUGGAAGAGAAGAAGGGCAGUGGAAUCUGGGAGGUUGGUUUCGAUAGAGAUGAUGAUGGAUUGGUAGAAGUGGGCUGUGAGAAGAUGAGAAGGGUAGAGUGUGAGCUUGAUAGGAGGGAGAUGAGAGUGCAGAAGCCCCCGAAGUCAGACCUGGGCUCUGAUGAGGAAGCUUGA